AUGUCGGAACCAACUAUUCAUCCUCUCUUUGAGACUGCCACAAGUACAUGGCAAUACAUAGUUGCCGACCCCAUCACCAAGCAUGCAGUCAUCAUCGACCCUGUCUUGGAUUAUGACCCCGUCAAGAUAGCUGUGUCAACCAGUUCUGCAGAUGCGAUCAUAAAGAUUGUGAAAGACGAGGGCUAUCAGGUUGAUAUCAUCCUCGAGACUCAUGCUCACGCGGAUCAUCUCACUGCAGCAUCAUAUAUCCAGUCAGUCUUGGCCAAGAGUCAGGGUAUGAAACCAGCUAUUGGUAUUGGAAGUCGUAUCAAGCAAGUGCAGCACUUGUUCGGCGAGAAAUAUGGCAUCCCAAGCAAUGAAUAUGAGACAGUCUUCGACAAGCUGUGGGAGGAUAACGACGAGUUUGCCAUCGGUAAUCUGACGGCCCGAACUGUCCACUUACCAGGACACACACCUGAUCACAUGGGUUAUCAGAUCGGCAAUAACGUCUUCGUUGGCGAUUCAAUCUUCAAUGUCGACGUAGGCUCCGCUCGCGCCGACUUUCCCGGUGGAAGUGCGGAAGAUAUCUUCAAAUCAGGCCGCAAACUGCUCUCCCUUCCCGAAGACACCAAGAUCUGGGUAGGCCAUGACUACCCACCAGCAGGCCGCGACGCUCCGCUGCCCUUUGCUACUGUUGCGGAGCACAAAAAGAAUAACAAGCAUCUCAAGGAUGGGACACAAGAGGAUGAAUUUGUUGAAAUGAGAAGGAAACGUGAUUCAACGUUGGCGGCGCCAAGACUGAUCCAUCCUUCGUUGCAGGUGAAUAUUAGGGGUGGACAGUUGCCUGCUCCGGAUACUUCAGGAUCGCGCAUGUUUCACCUUCCCUUGGUCACCCCGACAUGGUAA